UAUAAUCGAAUACCAUCUGGUAACCCACAUCGAAAAUGCGAACUGUCAAGAUGGUCGCAGCGUUUCGUUCUUUCAUUUCCGCUACGGAUAAAGUAGUACUUUCUUGAAAAUGGGUAAACCAAGAGGCUUGCGUACAGCCCGCAAACAUGUGAACCAUAGACGCGAUCAGCGCUGGGCUGACAAAGACUACAAAAAAGCACAUUUAGGAACUCGCUGGAAGGCCAAUCCUUUUGGCGGUGCUUCUCAUGCCAAAGGCAUCGUCCUUGAAAAAGUUGGAGUUGAAGCCAAACAGCCGAAUUCCGCUAUUCGAAAGUGUGUUCGAGUACAGCUCAUUAAGAAUGGAAAGAAAAUCACAGCAUUCGUACCACGUGACGGUAGUUUAAAUUAUAUCGAAGAAAAUGACGAAGUUUUGGUCGCUGGUUUCGGUCGUAAAGGUCAUGCCGUCGGUGAUAUUCCCGGAGUCCGAUUCAAGGUCGUUAAAGUAGCGAAUGUGUCGCUAUUGGCUUUGUACAAAGAGAAAAAGGAACGUCCACGAUCAUAAGCGGGGAUAAAAAAUAAUAAUUUUUGGGAAUGUAAAGCCUCUGAUUGUUUCGAAAGAAUUAAAAGGAAAUUUUGCCGAACCCAAA